AUGCAGUCAAAAUUUUAUGGUCUUACUCCGUUAGACGUAAGAUGUGUAGCUUACGGGCUUGCGGAUAGAGUUAAAAUAAAACACCCAUUUAAUAAUACAAAAAUAGUUGCCGGCGAGGAUUGGUUGUCAGGAUUUUUGAAAAGAAACCCUCAAUUAUCUAUUCGUAAGCCAGAAGCAACUAGUCUGAACAGGGCUGCAGGUUUCAAUAAAGACCAAGUCUCAACUUUUUUUAGUCUUCUCAAAGCAGCUUCAGAGCAAUAUAAUUUUAGUGCUGAGAGAAUUUACAACUUCGACGAGACUGGAAUUAGUACUGUACCGAAACCUACAAAAAUAUUAGCCAAGAGAGGACAAAAGCAAGUUGGUAGAAUUGUCAGUGGCGAAAGGAGAUCAAAUAUAACUAUGGCUUGUGCAUUUUCAGUUACUGGGCACUACAUUCCUCCAUUAUACUUAUUUCCACGAAAGCGACUAGCACCAUCUUUAUUAAGGGAUGCGCCCCCAGGAGCUAUUGGUUUUGCAAAUGGGUCAGGCUGGAUGGACAGCGAACACUUUCUAAAGUAUCUGGAUCAUUUUAUAAAACAUGCCAAGCCCAGUAAGGAAAAGCCAGUGCUACUUAUUUUAGAUGGGCAUACCAGCCAUAAGCAGCUUGAAGGUGUUUUGAAAGCAAGAGAAAAUCACAUAGUAAUGGUUACUAUUCCUCCGCACUGCAGCCAUAGGAUCCAACCCCUGGAUUUGACUUUCUUUGGGCCGUUUAAGAACCAAUAUGCUCGAGAAUGCGACUACUAUAUGAUAAACCAUAAAGGAGAGAUGAUAACAAUCCAUGACGUCGUGAGUUUAAGCGGUAAGGCGUUUCAGAAAGGGGCUACAAUAGAUAAAGCUACAAAGAGUUCGAAAGAAGUGGGAUAUAUCCAUAUAACCCAGAUGUUUUCGAAGAAAGUGAUUUUUUGCCCUCGUCUGUUCACGGAAAUGAUAAUAGUUCAACAAAUCAGGGGAACAUCACUCCGCCACAAUCAAUCACUUCACCCAUCACUCCACAAAAGAGACAGUUGUCAGUUGCUGACCCAAAAGAUAGUAGCACCAGUGAAAGCGAGGAGGAAGACGAUUGCAUAUGCAUUUUUCGUCACAGUUGUUUCAAAGACAGCAGACCAGGGGAAGGAUGGAUACGAUGCCAAAUCUGUGAGCAAUGGGCUCACGAAGCUUGUGCGGGAGCAGAUGAAGACGACGAUGUGUUUAUAUGUGAAUUAUGCAAAUAAUUUCCUUUUAGUUCUUUAG